AUGAGUUAUAGGCAUUAGAAAAAUCGCAGUUUAGGACCCAUUGUUAAAAUUAAUAUUCCUAAAUUUGCAUUUGAAGAAGCUCAAUAAGAAGAGAAAAAUGUAGAAUCUUUCCUUGAUUAAUAACAAGGAAAUUAAAUGCCCCAAUAAGAAUAUUAAAAUGAUCCUUACAAUCCAUAAGUUAUAGAAGAUGGUGAAUAUAAUGAUACGUCUAUGAACAAUACCUAUAAUACUAACAAUCGCACAUAAAAUAGAAUGGGCAAUCAUUAAACAAAUUUGCCUUAGAUUUAAGGCAAUAGAAGAGCAAGCUCAACUUAAAGACCUAGCAGCUAAUAAAACUAUAAAAAAUAAUCUAAUAAUUAAAGCUUUAGAUAUGACAGUAAUGGAGGAUAAAAUUAGAAUAAUAAUCUUUCGUUAACGAUGAAUAAUAAAAGUCUAAAUUAAAAUGAAUCUUAGUAGAUGCAACAACCUUAAAGAAGCCAUUCAAAAAGUUUAAUUGAUUAUCAAAGCAGUCAAAGUAAAAUUUUAAACGGCUCAGUAUUGAGUUAAAAUAGCCCUGGAAAAUAGUAGCAAUAAGAUAUGAAUAACUCCCAUUUAGAUUGGAUAAGUACCUUAGCACGUAAAGAGCAAGCUAAAAUUAUAAGAAUGCCUGCUAGAAAUCCAAAUCGUAUUUAAGUAACAAUGCAAUAAUAAAAUAAGAUUAACAAUCACAUCCUAGAUGUUUCUGGUAUAAUGAAUGACAAUAGUUUUCUAAAUAAAAGUAUGGGUGGUGCUGGAAAUUCAAUAAAGAUUAAACAAUCAAGUUAAAUAUUUAAUUCCAAAAAAGAUGAAAGCAUGUCAAAUAAAAAUGAACAUAAAAAAAUUUUAAAAAACAGCUAAUUAAUGGAUAAAAAUUCAUAAUUAGGGUACUCAUAAGUUAACCAAGAUAAUAGAAAUACAAAUUAGCAUAUCCUUUAACAAAAUAAUGAAGCUCACCAGUUUGAAUAGUCAUUUAAUGACAAAAAAUCUUUAAACUAAUCAACACUGAUCGAGAGGUCAAAAAUGCAAGCACAAGAAACAAAACAAUUCAAAGAUAAUUAAAAAUAGCAAGGUUCUUGGAAUGUAGCCUAACCUAGAGAACCUGUUUAUAAUUAUAAUCCAUUAUUAGUUGAUUAGGGCUCGAACAAUAACAAAAAUAAUUUGAACAAAAGUAUUCUUUUGACUGGAAAGUAGUCAGAUUAGAUUCAAAAUUACAAUCUUAUAGAAAGCAGCAAGUAAGGAGGAGCUCAUAGAUUAGCCGGUUAAAAGGUAAGUGGAAAUUAGAAGUAAUAUGAUCGCUGGGAUAGCGAGAGAUCUCCAGAAGAAUGGUUGAAACUUUACAAAAAUUAACCUGUGCCUCACGGCUUAGUCACUACAAAUGUUAAUAACAAAUAAAAAUUGCUCCAAUUUUAAUUGUUAGAAUAUGACUAAUAGGAAGAAAAAUAUUAAGUAAAAAUUUUAGAAAGUGGAGAAAAGAUUUGGGUAAAUAGACUGUACUUAAUAUUUAAUGAUGAAAACUAAAAUAAGUCUUUUGAGAAGAAGAAAACAUUACAAGCAGAUACUAGCGCUAUCCAUAGCAAUCAAAAUGAACCAGAAGAGGAUGAAGAUAAAAUUAAUAACCAGUUCCCCGAUUAAGGGUUGAAGACAAAGUAAAGCUUGAAAAAAUAUGAUUGCUGGGAUUAAGAUAAAACACCUUAAGAGUGGUUAAAAUUUUAUAAAAAUAACACAGGUCCUCAUGGAAUGUGCCCAACUUACAUCAACUAAAAGUACUAAAGAACACCAAUUUAGAUUCUAGAUUAUGAUGAAGAAUCUGAGAAAUAUUUAGUCAGAGUUUUAGCUACUGGUAUUAAAAAGUGGGUCAUAAGAUUAUCAAUUUUAUUUAAUCAUGAAGACCCAUAAAAGUAUUAUGAAAGACUUGAACUCGCCAAAUCUAGAAUGCAAACAGCUGAAGAUGAAACAAGAUUUUUGAAUUUUAUUGAUAAAAUGCCUCUAGAUUAAAAAACAAAAUUACUUCCUCAAUGGAGAAGGGAAAUAGUCAAUUUAACUUUCAGGAGAAAUAAAGAUAUACCUGAAUAGAAGAUAAUCGAUGUGCAACUAAACAAAAUGAUGAAGGAGCUUAUUUCUGAACUUGAGAUUGAUUACAUCCGCUAAAUUAAAAAGGGUAUCCUCUUAAGAGAAAUGCAAUACAACUCAAAUACUUUCUAAUGGUAAGAAGCAAGAAUUUAAAAUAGAUAUGUGGCUCCUAUUAUUCCAUUUAUUGGAACUAUUCUUAAGAUAAACUUUACUGUUGGAAUAACAGUUAAAAAAGUAAAGGAUGGUAAGUCAUAUACAAAGAGUAAGCAUGUCUAAUUGCAAUACCCAUAAAUACAAGCUCAAUUUGCUUAGUAGCACUACUCAAAGAGUCCUCAAGUUACUAAAACUUUAAACAUAAUUGCUCAGAAAACAGAUAUUUGUUAAUAAAAGAGACUAUUUUAGAUUUUCUAAACUAAUUUAGGCAAAAAAGAACUUCCUGUAGCAUUAAAUGAAUUUUCUGAUAUUCAAAAAGAUUUUCAUAAUAAAAAAUUUAAAGAUAUCAAAAUGCUUUGGUAAGAGCUUCUAGUUUCCAACAUCCAAGAACAUAUGGAAGGAUAUAAAUUUUAUGUAACAAGUGAAAAAGAAUACAUAGGAAAGGAAAUUUAGUUAAUCGUUAACAAAAUGGAUUACAUGUUUAAUUCAUACAUUCGUUAGUUGAUAGUUUAGCAAAAUAUUAGAGAGUAUGUCAAUUUCUUUAAGAGAUUUACUUAACCAAAAUCUACAAACACUUUAGACCAUGAGCAAAACUGGCUUAUCAACAACUUCCCUCUCUUGAUAGUCAAUCUGAGAGUUAAUACAAACUAUAAGAGAAGAAAAGAUAAAAAGAAAAAAGAUGAAAAAAAGAAAGAUUAUAAUAUUGCUGACGAAAUUGAGGAACAAAAAGAUGAAGUUAUUUUCUUAGAACCAAGCAAAGACGAAAUAAAGCAAAACUUAUUACAACCAUUUGAUUGGUUGAUUGAAUCUGUCCAUAAGUUUAAGUGCUUGGAAACUGAUUUAGUUUCUCUUCUGAAAUUAGAUAAAUAAGCUCCAUAUCCAAUCAGCUACUACAUAUAAAGAGAUGAUCCAUUAAUUAUUGAAGCCGAAAAGAUUAUUAAUGAUUGCUUUAAUGAGGGUUAUGAAGAGAUUCAAAAAAUCAUAAACGAUUUUAAUACAUUUACUUUUUUGUAUGAGAAAAGCUCUGAUAGGAUAGUUUCUCAUUUGUUCCCUGAUAAAAAAGCAACUUUAGUUGAUCCUAAGGAAGGAAAGGUUCAAGGUAAGCACGAAGGCCCUAAAAUUCACAUUAUGGAUCUUGAAAGGAUAGAAAUUCUCAACAAACUUAGAGAAUUUAAGGAGGCUAAAGAAAAUAUUUAAAGACUUUGUAUAGAUGAAAAAGACUGCAGAUUGUUUAGAAUUAGGACAAAACAAGCCAAAGACGAUUUAAUUCAAAGAGCAGAUGAAAAUAUUCAAAAAAUUUUAGCUAAACUUAGAUAAGUUGUAGAAUUCAAUGUUUAAGUAAUAACUGAUGAGCAGAAGGAGUUAUCAGAAAUAAUAGUUUCAAUUCCUUAAAACGAAGAAGAUUUAGUGAACUUAAAAAAUAGAUUGGCAGAGAAUGAAGUCGAUAUUGCUAAAAUGAAAGCUUAACUAGAUUGUCUUUAGGAAUUUGUUGCUAUUCUAGAAUCAUACACUAUUAAAGUAGAUAAACCUGGUGAGGAGAAUGAAGCUUACAAAUAAUAUUUCAAAAAUUUUUAUGAUUACUUUGAUCUGUUUAUUUUCUCUGAUACAAUUAAAUAAUGUGUAGUUGAAGGAUAAAGAAACGCAUAAAUUAAGGAAGAAGAAUUCACUCAAAUAUUAGAAAGAGAAAAAGACAAUUUUGAAAAAGAACUUACAGGAAUUUCUGACCAUUUGAAAAUGGUAAAAACAUUUUCCGAUUAUAGCAAGCUUAAAGAUAAUAAUAGCUAGACUGAAGGUCUUAAAGAUAGGAUAAAUGCUGCUAAAGAAAAGAUUAAAAGCUUUAAUGAUAGAGAAGUUAAGUUGAAACUAGCUGUUUCUGAGUAUAGCAAUCUUAACCAAGUUGAAACUGAAUUUUAGCCAUAUUAUUUACUUUGGUUUUACUCUUGGGAAUUUGAUCAUAAAUAUGAAGAAUGGACUCACGGCCCUAUUACUAAACAAAAUUUCCCAUCUAUGGAGAAAAAGGUCAACCAAACUUUCUAUAAAGAAUGUAUUAAAUUGAAUAAAAUAUUCUUGGACUUAGAAGAUGACAAUGCUGCUAAUGUUACUUUGGAACUAAAGAAGCACAUAGAGUCAUUUAGAGAAAAUAUGUGGAUGAUUGAGCUUCUUUCCACAGAAGCUAUGAGUAACCUAAAGAAGGCUAUUGUUCACUGGAAUGAGAUAUUUAAGGCAGCAAAUAUAAAAGAUUUAGUUCCAAAUGAAGAAAUGAGUUUAAAACUUUUACUCGAUUAAGGCUUAAAUAACUACAGGGAGGUGAUUGAAGAAGUUUCAAAGAGAGCUGAAAAGUAAUACACAAUUGAAAAGAAACUAAAGGAAAUGGAAGACAAAGUUAAAGUUAUCAGAGUAGAACUUAUGAAAUAUAAGAAAACUGGAACUUAUGUACUAAAGGGAGUAGAUGAAAUUUAAUAACUUCUUGAUGAUUAACUUAAUGUCCUUCUCAUGAUGAAAGCAUCACCUUACAUAAAGCCAGUUUUGAAAUAAGCUUAGCACAUUGAAAUGAAAAUGAUUCUUAUUCAAGAUACUUUAGAAUAAUGGUUGAAGUGUCAAAGAGGUUGGAUGUAUCUUGAGCCUAUUUUUGCAUCAGAAGAUAUUAAAAAGAAAAUGGAAAAAGAAAAAUUAAAAUUUGAUGGAGUUGACAAUUUUUGGAGAAUUACUAUGGAUUAAUUUAACAAAGAAUCUAAUUUAUGGGAAAGUAUUGAUAAUGAUCGUCUUAAAUCAGAGUUAAUAACAUACAACAAAAGUUUAGACUAAAUUUAGAAAAGUUUAAGUGAUUAUUUAGAAUCUAAAAGAAGGGAUUUCCCUAGAUUCUUUUUCCUAUCAGAUGAAGAACUAUUGGAAAUAUUAGCAGAUACUAAAGAUCCAUAAAAAGUUUAAAAGCAUAUUAACAAAUGCUUUGAAGCUGUUAAUCUUCUUGAUUUCUUCACUCAAAAUGAAGUUGGUGCUCUAAUUUCAAGUGAAAAAGAAAAGGUUAAACUCUUAAAGCCUAUUGAUGUUACAGAAGGUGAAAAAAAGGGUAAUGUUGAAAAAUGGUUGCUUGAAAUAGAAAAGAGUAUGAUAAGAACUCUUCAUCAAAUUACAAAAGAUUGCAUGGUUGAUGUUCAGACUGCUAGGACAAAGUGGAUUUAAAAAUGGCCUGGAUAGAUUGUUUUGGCUGUUAAUAUGAUGAGAUGGACAAGAGGGGCUGAAAUAGCUAUUAUAAAUGGUAAAGGUGGAGGAGAAGAUUUAGAAAUUAAUGAAUACAAUUAAGGAUUAUCAAUUAACUUUAACAAUCUCAAAGAGUAUAGCGAAUUUUUAGAUAGAUAAUUGAAAGAUGUUGUAGACCUUGUUAGAACUGAUCUCACACCUCUAGCAAGACUUACUUUAGGUGCACUUGUUGUGCUUGAUGUGCAUGCUAAGGAUGUUAUUUUAGAUUUAGAGAAAACUGGUUGCACAAGUAUUCAUGACUUUAAUUGGACUUGUCAAUUAAGAUAUUAUUGGGAAGAAGUUCGUAAAGAAUAAAUUUUAAAUGUGAAAAUGAUAAAUGCAGUAUUAAAAUAUGGAUUUGAAUAUUUGGGAAAUUCUCCACGUUUAGUUAUUACUCCUCUAACAGAUAGAUGUUAUAGAACACUUAUGGGAGCUUUCCAUUUAUCUUAUGGUGGUGCUCCAGAAGGACCUGCAGGUACUGGUAAAACUGAGACAGUCAAAGAUUUAGCUAAGGCUCUUGCAGUUUAGAUAGUCGUAUUUAACUGUUCUGAUGGUUUGAACUAUUUAUCUAUGAGAAAAUUCUUUAAAGGUAUUGCUUCAUCAGGAGCAUGGUGCUGCUUUGAUGAGUUUAAUAGAAUUGACUUAGAAGUACUUUCAGUUAUUGCUUAAUAAGUUCUAACAAUUUAAACUGCAAUUAAGGAAAAACGUAGAGAUUUUAUUUUCGAUGGUGAAUCACUCUCUUUGAUUCCUUCAUGUGCUAUUAAUAUUACAAUGAAUCCUGGUUAUGCAGGUCGUUCUGAACUACCUGAUAACUUAAAGGCCCUUUUCAGACCUUGCGCGAUGAUGGUUCCUGAUUAUGCUCUUAUUGCAGAAAUUUAUUUAUAUUCAGUGGGUUUCUAAGAUGCUAGAAACCUUGCUAGAAAGAUUGUAGCUUCACUCCGUUUAAGUUCUGAAUAAUUAAGCUCACAGGAUCAUUAUGAUUUUGGUAUGAGAGCUUUAAAGGCUAUACUUACAGCAGCAGGUAAUUUAAAGAGAACAAUGAAAGAAAUUGAAGAUAUUGUUUGCCUUAGAGCAUUAAUGGAUGUUAAUAUUCCUAAGUUUACUUACAACGAUGUUCCACUUUUCUUAUCAAUCACUAAUGAUCUUUUCCCUGGAGUUAAACUUCCAGAAAUAGAUUAUGGAAAACUUGAAAAUGCCCUUAAAAUGGCUUGUUUUUCAAGCAAAUUAUAACCUGAAAAAAACUUUAUCAAUAAAUGCAUUUAAUUGUUUGAUACCAUUAAUGUACGUCAUGGUCUCAUGGUAGUUGGUGAUGCAUUUUCUGGAAAAUCUUCGAUUACUUCAUGUCUUCAAAAAGCUAUCAGUUCUCUCAAAGGUAUAGAAAGUUAUGUGAAUGUGGCUUCAUAUAAAUUAAAUCCUAAAUCUAUAACCAGUGAUCAAUUAUAUGGUAAGCUAGAUCCAGACACUAAAUCUUGGUCAGAUGGUGUUAUAGCUAUUAUUAUGAGACUGUGUGCUUAAGAUUCUGAUUUAGCAGAAAGAAAGUGGAUUAUCUUCGAUGGUCCUGUUGAUGCAGUUUGGAUUGAAAAUAUGAACACUGUACUAGAUGAUAACAAGAAACUUUGUUUAACAUCAGGAGAAAUUAUAAAAAUGUCAAACUGGAUGACUAUGAUGUUUGAAGUCUAAGACUUGGCUUAGGCUUCACCUGCAACUGUUAGUCGUUGCGGUAUGGUUUUCUUAGAAACUAAUUAACUAGGUUGGACUCCAUUAAUUAAGAGCUUUAUCUAAAAAUUACCAAAGUCUUUAGAAAAGUUUGCAGAAGCAUUUUAAGCUACAUUAUUAUGGUUAAUAGAUCCUAUUUUAGCUUGGGCUCUAAGAUAUGGAUAGUUCUUAGUCCAUAAGAGCUAUAUGAAUAUUGUAAAUACACUUAUUCAAUUAAUGAAUACAUGGGUUAAAGAAUUCGAAGAUGAAGAAAAAAAGGUGCCUAAAGAUAUGGAUGAACAUUUUAAUAACAUAGCUUUGUUUUCAACAAUAUGGGCAAUAGGAGGUGCUCUUGAAGAAAAUACCAGAAAAUAAUUACACGAAGUUAUUUCUCAUCUUAUUUUGGGUGCACCUGAUCUUAUAAAUAAUUAUAAGCUUCAAUUAGAUAUUAAACACCCAUAUGAGCCAAGAUAAUUAAGUAUUAAAUUACCUGAUAAAGUUACUGUUUUCGACAUAUGCUUUGACUCCAAAAAGAAUUAGUGGGUUAAUUGGACUUAAACUGUUGACAAAUACAUUGUUCCAAAAGAAGGAGAAUUCCAUGAUAUUUUUGUACCAACUAAUGAUUCUAUUAGAAACAACUUUUUCUUGCAUAAAUGUAUCUAAAGCAAUAACCAUUUACUUAUUUGUGGUCCAACUGGUACUGGUAAGACUGUAAAUAUUAUUAAUGAACUUCAACAACAUUACUUUAACUCAGAAUACACUAAUUUAUGUACAUCUUUCUCAGGUUAAACUCAAGCUAAUCAAGUUUAGAGAUUAAUUGAGUCAAAAGUAUGUACAAGAAGAAGAAAAGGUGUUUAUGGUCCAGAAGAAGGUAAAAGACAUAUAGUCAUAUUUAUUGAUGAUCUAAAUAUGCCAGCAAAAGAAAAGUAUGGAGCCUAACCUCCUAUAGAAUUGCUUCGUUAAUGGAUGGAUGAAGGUGGAUGGUAUGAUUUAGAAACAAAAGAAUGGAAGCAGCUAUAAGACAUAAUAUUUAUAGCAGCUAUGUUACCUCCAGUGGGUGGACGUAAUAGUGUGACUAUGAGAUACUUGCGUCACUAUAAUCUUUUGUAUGUUUAACCUUUUGAUGAAGAUUCUCUAUUAAGAAUAUUCAACAAUAUAAUCGAAUGGUACUUUAAUACAUAGAAAGGCAAUCUUUCUAAAUCAAUUACUUCUAUGGGAGAAGUAGUUGUAAAAUCAACUAUUGAGGUGUAUAAUGCCAUUAGAACAUCAAAAGAAUUGCUACCUACUCCUGCAAAAUCUCAUUAUAUUUAUAACUUAAGAGAUAUCUCUAAGGUCUUUUAAGGUAUUUCAAAAGCAUCUUAUAAGAGUUUCUAAGCUGACUAAGAUUUCAUAAAAUUAUGGGCUCAUGAAUGUAUGAGAGUAUUCUAAGAUCGUUUAAUUAAUAAUUAGGACUAAGCAGUAUUUGAAGGAAUUUUGAAACAAAUUAUAAGUAAAAAUUUCAAGAGAGACUGGGAUUAGCUUAUUGAAGUUCAACCACUUUUAUGGGCAUCUUUUGUUCCCACUCUCUAUCCUGAAGGUGAUACUUCUAAGAGAUAGCUUACUGAUGUUUACUGUGAAUUAACAAAUAGGGAAGAUGUGAAAAAAAUUUGUUAUGCUAUGCUUGAAGAAUAUAACAAUCUUUACUCUGGAAAUAGGAUGAACUUAGUCCUUUUCAUGACUGCUAUACAACAUAUCAUUAAAAUUGUAAGAGUUAUUACAACUCCAUUUGGUCAUUGUUUGUUAAUUGGUGUUGGAGGUAGUGGAAGGAAAUCACUUGCAACCCUUGCUUCGUUUAUUGCAUACACAAAUGAACCUAUACAAGUAGACCAAAAAAAUUGGAUAGAAGAUCUUUAGAGAGUAAUGAAAUCAGCAGGUGUUGAUAAAAAAGAUACAAUUUUCUUAUUUUCUGAUACUCAAAUUGCCAAAGAAUCGAUGGUUGAAGAUAUUUGCAAUAUCUUGAAUAACGGUGAAGUACCAAACUUGUUCCCAAAUGAAGAAAGAGCAAAAAUUAUUGAAGAAGUUGGGCAAGAUUGUCCUGGAGGUACUCCUAAUGAAAAAUAUAAAUAUUUUGUUAAAGUUUGCAGAUAAAAUUUACAUUUAGUGCUAGCUUUCUCACCUGUUGGUGAAGCUUUUAGAAGGAGAUUAAGAACUUUCCCUUCCUUGGUUAAUUGUACUACUAUAGACUGGUUCUUGCCAUGGCCUGAAGAUGCUCUUCGUUCUACAGCAUCCAACCAUUUCGUAAAUAUUAUGAAAUUGAAAGAUUAGGAAUAAGUAAAGGGAUUAGUAGAAAUAGCAGUUGAUAUGCAAGUAAGAAUUACUAAUUUAAGUGAAAGAUACAUUUAAGAAUUGAGAAGAUAUUAUUAUGUGACUCCUACUUCUUACCUCGAAUUACUUAAUUCGUUUGAAAAGCUUGUUUAGGAUAGAACAAAGAAAAUUUUUGAUAUAAUAUCAAGAUACGAAACUGGUGUUAGUAAAAUUUUAUCCACAGAGCAAUAAGUUCAAGUUAUGCAAAAAGAACUUGAAGAACUGUAGCCUCAGUUAGUUAUUAAAACAGAGUAAAAUCAAAAAAUGCUUAUUCAUUUGCAAAAGAAGCAGAAAGAAGCAGAUGCAAAGAGGGAAGUUUGCGAAAAUGAAGAAAAAGAUUGCAAUGUUCAAAGAGAUAAGGCUAAUGCAUUAAAAGAAGAUUGUUAACAAGAAUUAGAUAAAGUACUACCCAUACUUGGUAAAGCAGCAUAAGCUUUAGAUAAUAUUACUAAAGACGAUAUGACAACUUUAAAAUCAUUUACCAAACCACCUGAGGCUGCAGCUAUAGUUAUGGAAGGUAUGUGCUAUGCCUUUGAUGAAGAUUAAAACGUUAAGCUAGUACCUGUAGCUCCUGGAUCUAUGGAAAAGAAGAAAGAUUUCUGGGAUUAUGCUAAAAAGAAGCUUCUUACUGAUAAAUUGAUUAAUAGAGUUAAAGAUUUCAAAGAAGAUAAAAUUAAAUCUAUUCCAAAAGAAAAAGUAGAAAAGCUCAAAGUCUUCGUACAGAAUCCACUUUUCGAAAAAGACAAAGUUUUUAAUGCCUCCAAGGCAGCAGGUAAUUUGUCUCUCUGGAUUAGAGCUGUUAUUUAAACUUAUGAUGCCUUACUUGUAGUAGAACCCAAAAGAAGAAUGCUUGAAGACGCAGAAAAUUAACUAAAAUAAGCAGAGAGUAUUUUAAAUGAAAAGAAAAAAAAUCUCCAAGAAGUUAUUGAUUUGUUACAAUCCUUGUAGAAUGAUUAUGAAAGAGCUCAAAAAGAAAAAGAAGAGCUUGAAUAGAAGGUUAACAAAUGUAAAGUUUAAUUAGAAAGAGCUGAUGCUUUGAUCAGUGGUUUAGGAGGAGAAAAAAAUUCAUGGAAGCAAAAAGCUGAAUUAAAUAGGUUAGAAUCUACCUCAGUAAUUGGUGAUUGUAUGAUUUCUGCUGGUAUAAUUGCUUACCUUGGUGCCUUCCCAAUUUCUUAUAGAGAAGAAGUAAUUCAAGCUUGGAAAAAUCUUUUGAUAGAAUAUAAAAUUUUAUUCUCACAAGACUUUAACAUUUAGAAUAUCUUGUGUAAUCCUAUCACAAUUGGUUAAUGGACAAAUAGAUAUAAGCUUCCUAAUGACUCAUUUUCUAUUGAUAAUGCAAUUAUAUUGAAAAAUGCCUCUAGAUGGCCUUUGAUGAUAGAUCCUUAAACACAAGCAAAUACUUGGAUUAGAAACUUAGAAGAAGGUCUGAUCAUAUUAAGGCCUACUUAAAACAUGAAUGAUAUCUUACUCAAACUUGAGAAUUCUAUUACAUUAGGUUAGAAAAUUUUGUUAGAGAAUUUAGGUGAAUAAAUAGACAGUGUAUUUGAACCAGUUUUGUAAAAGAAGCUAGUUAAAUAAGGUAGCUCAUAUAGAAUUAAGUUUGGUGAUAAGUUUAUUGAUUACAAUGAUCAAUUUAGGUUUUACAUGACUACUAAACUUCCUCGUCCUCAUUAUCCUCCUGAGGUUUGUGUUAAAGUAACACUACUUAAUUUCUAAGUAACAGCAGAGGGACUUGAAGAUUAAAUGCUCAAUAUUAUUGUAAAAUAAGAAGAACCUUAAAAAGAUCAAUAAAGAGAAAAAAAUGUUGUAGAAUUCUUUGCAAAUAAAGAAAAGUAAGUGCAGACUGAAAAUAAAAUUUUAUAAAUGCUUUUUGAGUCUAAAGGAAACCUUUUAGAUGAUGAAAAUCUUAUUUAUUAGUUACAAUAAUCUAAAAAUGAUAACAAAGAAAUUUAAGAAAAGCUUAAGAAGCAAGAGUAAGAUAGGCUUGUAUUUAAUUAAAUUAGAGAUUUUUAUAGAGAAGUAGCAAAAAGAGUUGCUAAUUUAUACUUUGUAAUUCUUGAUCUUGCUCUUAUUGAACCUACCUAUUAAUGGUCCCUAGAAUUUUACAUCACACUAUUCUUAAAAGCGAUUACACAAGCUAUUCCAGGAAGAGAAAAUAGGUGUAAAAAUAUUAUAGACAGUUUCUAAUUUUUAUUAUAUGAGAGUAUAUGUAGAAGUUUGCUUGAAAAGGAUAAACUGAUAUUCUCUUUCCUUCUCUGCGUUAAAAUUAUGGAGGUUGAAAAUAUGAUAACAAAAGAAUAAACAAGAUUUAUGAUGGUUGGUGGAACUUGGACAGAAUCUCCUAAGUAAAUUCCUGAAAAUGCAAAAUCAUGGCUUUCAAAUAAAACUUGGUGCACAAUUUGUGAAUUGUCUCAGUCCAUAGAAUAAUAUAAAGGAUUCGAUGAAGAAUUUGCCUAACAUGUUGAUAAAUGGUAUGAACUAUAUCAAAGCGAAAACCCACAUGAACAGCAUUUCCCUGGAAAAAUAAUUUAAAAUUUAAAUGAGUUCUAAAAACUUGUAUUAGUCCGCAUACUAUUCCCAGAUAAGUUCUAGUUUGGUGUUUAAAAAUUAAUUAUCAAUGAAAUGGGAGAAAAAUUCAUACAACCUCCUCCAUUCAAUUUAGAAUAGACCUAUGUUGAUGCAGAUUGCUAUACACCUCUUAUUUUUAUUCUAUCUUCUGGUGCAGACCCUAGAUUGGAAAUUAUAACUCUUUCAGAAAAACUAGGUUUUAAGGCUACUUUCAAUUAAAUAUCUUUAGGUUAAGGGUAAGGAGAAUUUGCUGAAAAAGCUAUUUCAGAGGCUAUAGAAAAGGGUUACUGGGUCCUAUUGCAAAAUUGUCACUUAGCACCUUCAUUUAUGCCUGAGUUAGAAAGAAUUUUGGAAAAUGUUCCUCCUACUAUUCAUCCAGAUUUUAGAAUUUGGCUUACAUCUAUGCCUUCAGAUGUAUUCCCACCUACCAUUUUAAUGAAGGGUAUAAAAAUGACAUUUGAACCACCAAGAGGUCUUAAAAAUAAUUUGCUCAGAAGUUUCUAAUAAUAAGACAUUAAAAAAUUUGAAGAAUGUGAAAAACCUUAGCAAUGGAAAAAAUUAUUCUUUGGUUUAGCUUUCUUCCAUGCUUUGAUUUUAGAAAGGAGAAAAUAUGGACCACUUGGUUGGAAUAUCCCUUAUGAGUUUACAGCAGCAGAUUUCACUAUUUCUUAUUCUUAACUUAAAAUGUUCUUAAAUGAGUAAGAAGAAAUUCCUUGGGAUGCACUUAAUUAUAUGGUAGCAGAAGCAAACUAUGGUGGUCGUGUCACUGAUCCUAAAGAUAGAAGAUUAAUUAAAAUAUUACUUAAAAAUUUCUACACAGAAGAUAUUUUACAAGAUGAUUAUAAAUUUUCAGAGAGCGGUAUUUACUACGCUCCUGCAGAUGGAGAUUUGAACUCAUAUAAAGAAUAUAUUCAAGAACUUCCUCGUAAUGAAACAACUGAAGUCUAUGGAUUGCAUUAGAAUGCUUAAAUUUCUUCAGCUAUUAUUGAAACAAACUAGAUAUGCAAUACUGUACUCGGUCUUCUCCCAAGAUCAUUGGGAGGUGGCGGUAAGAGCGCUGAUCAACUCAUAAAAGAGAAGAUACAUGCACUACAAGAUAAAUUACCUAAAUUAUUUGAUGUUGAAGAUGCAGCUUAAAAACAUCCAGUCAAGUAUGAGCAAUCUAUGAACACAGUACUCUAGCAAGAAUUAAUAAGAUUCAAUAAGUUACUUUCUACAGUAAGAACAAGCUUAGCUAACUUAGAUAAAGCAAUAGAUGGAUUUUUAGUUAUGUCUGCAGACUUAGAAGAAGUUUAUAACUGUGUUUUUGAUAAUAAAGUACCUGAUAUAUGGCAUAAAGUCUCAUAUCCUUCACUUAAACCACUUGGUUCAUGGAUUAAUGAUUUUGUAGAUAGAUUAAAAGAAAUGCAAAGAUGGAUAGAUAAAGGUUCUCCAGCUAGUUUUUGGGUAUCUGGAUUCUUCUUUACUUAGUCUUUCCUAACAGGAACACUGUAAAAUUACGCCAGAAAGAAAAAAAUUCCUAUUGACACCUUAACAUUUGAUUUUGUUGUAAUUCCUGAAAAUUCAACAGAUUUUGAUUUAACUAAAUAACCUGAAGAUGGUUGCUACAUUUAUGGCCUAUUUUUCGACGGCGCAGCAUGGGAUCAUAAACAAAAUUAUCUAAACGAAUCUUAGCCAAAAGUUCUUUACUCAAAGGUUCCAUAUAUAUGGCUAGUUCCAACAGACGAAAAGAGAGAUUAUGAUAAUGAUUCAACAGUGUAUGAAAUGCCUGUUUAUAAGACAAGUAGAAGAGCAGGUACUUUAAGUACAACUGGUCACAGUACUAAUUUUGUUUUAAGUAUGUAUAUUCCUAUUGCUCCUUAUCAUAGACCAGAGCAUUGGGUAAAGAGAGGUGUGGCUGCUUUGACUCAACUAAAUGAUUGA